CAUUAACUCACGAGGACCAAAGUUGAACUUGUGGAAAACUCACGAUAGAGGUUGAUUUCUAACUGGUGAACGGGUUGAUCGUUGGUAAAGACAAAUCAAUAGUGAGGAAAUGGCCAGAAAGCGACUUCCUUUGGGAAAAUCGUGCUUAUCUCUAAACUUUGGGUGAUGCAAAAUCAAAGAUAAAAGGUUCACUGAUGUGUGUCAAGGUGAGCAACUUAAACUCCAACACCACUCAAUUUUAUUUAAAUUAAAAAAUAUUUCAACAAAUGUGCUAUAUGAAAGGUUUUAGGUGGGAAAUCUUAAGCAAACAAUCGCAAGAGUAUAAGAAAUUCUGAAUGCAUCUGGAUUUGAAGUUUAAAGAUGAUGAUGAAGUUGAUAAAGGAGGAGCUCAGCAUUUGACACAUUUCACGGCUUGAUGAAAUAGCAAUGAUUAACUCUGGCCUCUCUGAGUCAGACUUUGCACUGUGCUUUCCCUCGAGUCCUGAAGUCACGGUCCGGCUCUCGGGAGAAACAAAGCUCUGCUCGGGUUUGGGAUUAUCAGGACAUCUCCUCGGUCAGUAAAUCACAUGGAUACCAGCUCGUUCUCUCAAAGGAUUGGAGUUGUAGGCUACGGGCAUUUAGGGCAAUACCUGGUCGAGAGGAUCCUUAAAGAUGGAGAUGCUCUCGGUCUUACGUUGGCUUUUGUUUGGAACAGAAAUCCUGACAAGCUGAAAGGUUUUGUUCCCGAUGAACUCAUACUUUUGGACCUAUCAUCGUUUGCAGACAGGCGAUGUGAUGUGAUUGUAGAGGUGUGCCACCCUCACAUAGUGAAGGAAUUUGGCCUUCACUUCCUGUCUCGGUCUCAUUUCCUGGUGGGCUCUCCUUCUGCCUUUUCUGAUCCUGAUCUGAACCAGAAGCUGCAUCGGGCGGCUCGGCAGCACAGCAGGACACUCUACGUCCCCAGUGGCGCAUUGUGGGGAGGCCAGGACAUCCAGAGGCUGAAUGACAGUGGAGCCUUGAAGGCUCUGUUCAUAAGAAUGUCCAAGCAUCCUUCCUGCUUCCGGCUGACUGGAGACGUCCUCUCUGAUUGGACGGAGCAAGAGGGCCGGCGUGUUUUAUUCAGAGGCUCGGUGGCGGAGUUGUGCCCGCUCGCUCCGAACAACGUCAACACCAUGGCAGCGGCGGCGGUUGCAGCAGGAACACUCGGCUUUGCUGGUGUUCAGGGAGAGAUCGUGUCCGACACAGCGUUAAGGGACUAUCACGUGGUGGAGGUGGAGGUGACUGGGCCAAAUGGCUUUUCAGUACACACAGUGAGGAGGAAUCCAGCCAAACUCGGAGCUGUAACCGGCAGUGCAACAUACAACUCCUUCUGGAAUAGUUUACUAGUUUGCAAAGGUCACGGGGGCCGAGUUUACUUGUGCUGAAACAGAUGAGAACUCUGCAGGAUUCACUACUACGACGAAUCAAUAAGAUCCAGUUAAAACAGUGCGGAUGGUGUCACUGGAUCAUUACGUUACUUGAAAACCUUGAAUAUGUUUGUUACAAUAAACUGCAUGCAAAGAACAAAAGA